CGCGCGACUCGAGGGGCCUCUAGAAAUGACUAGUGAGUCACGAGAAGUCCCACGCCACAGAGCGCACUCCGCGUGUUUCAAUGCCACGGCGCAGCAGCUCAGGGAUUCACGUGGGGUGGGCUGGCAAAAACCCACAGCAAACCCACAGCUGUGCGGAAAUGACACAGUACCGUCACGUCACGCGAGAGGGCACUGACUAGAGAAAAAAAAAAAAAAGCAGCGGAGAGAAACACGGACAACAGUUACCCGUGGACAAAUCCACAGGAUUUAAAGACGCGACCAUGGCUAAUGCCUCCUAACCAACUGCACACGGCUGCCCGGAGUCGCAAAGACAUAUGCUGUCUACAGAAGGAACGCAGUAGGGAGCCGCUUGUCCGUCUGUCUCCACGGUUGUACCGAUCCGUGGGGUUUCCACUGGAAGAAUGAGGAAGUGGAGCCGGUGGACGGGGGUCGGUACGGUGAAGCAGCGCCGCUCCGGUCUCUGGCGAGACUUCACGGUGCAAGACAUGAAAAACAAAUAGGAAAACAACCUCACAGAACUUCACCCUGGAGAACAUUCACUCUGAGAAUAAAGUUUUACACGCAUCACAAUUUUCACACGCUUGCCAUGAUUGUGUCCAGUCGUUUGUGAGACUGACUUCACUGUCUUUAAGCAAUGCUUCCUUUUUUAAACAAAUUAUGAUAUUAGUCAGAUAUUUCUAAACUUCCAUUACCCGAACAGCUGCUGUAACUGACAAGUGUAUAGAGAAGUGUAUAAGAAAUAUAUGUGGUCAGAUUAGAUGUGUGACUAUCAGAUAAUAUCAGUCUUGUGUGUCUUUUCCCAGGACAUGAGCUCUUCUGUGUGCAUGGUUAAUGCAGACGGACAAGUGCCUGAUAAAAAAGUUAAAGUCGAGAAAGAUGCAGAGGAUGUUAUUGAAAACACAGAGGGAAAGAUGGAGAGCUUCUUUAAGCGCAUUGCAAAACGAUCAGCAACACACGCAGUCCCUGAGGUGGAAGGGCCUACUAGUGGGAAGAGGGUCAGGGUGACAACACAGGCAGGAGAACAUCUCCUUGACAGCAGUUCAGAUAAUGGAAGCAGGUCAUGUUCUCACAGUCACAGAUUAUCUCCACAGGAGCAGAUUCCCAUCUCUUCAUACAGGAAACCACUCUACAGCAUCACACAUCGCAUUUCUGAGCGUAAAGCUGCAUCCAAUUUGGACCAGCAUGGAGCCCACAAUGGAGUCAGAGCAAGCCAUAAUGGUGUUCACUUACAAAAAAUGGGCAACUCUAGAAAGCAUCACAUGUUUAAGGCCUCCACUAAUGUGGGGGUCACAGGGUCUCCUGCUGCCUUGGAUUCUCACCUCUACCCGCUCAUCGAGAAGAUGUUCUUCCUCCUCAACACGCUGAAUUCCAGCAUGACCCAGCUGCACAGUAAGGUGGAUUUGCUCUCGCUUGAAGUGACGCGCAUCAAAAAACAGAUGAAGCCCUCUGAGAUGGUCAUGGAAUUUCAACCUCCUCCUGAAUACCAGCUGACUAGCGAAGAACUCACCCACUUGAUGGAACAAACGUCCACUGCGGGAGAUCUGGGCUGCAGACUCCUCGUUCAACUGUUCCCAGAACUUUUCACAGCAAAAGAAUGCACGCAUGGCUGCAGCACAUGCAGCCUCACAACCAAACGGACAUUAGAUUCAUUGCACCUUCAGCUAAUACGUAACUAUGUGGAAGUCUGCUACCCGCUGGUGAAAAAUGAAAAUGUCUGGCAGACGGAGUGCUUGCUGCAGAUUAAUGAUUUCCUGAAUCGUUUCUGGGCUCAGAAGGACAUGGAGAGUGGUCAGAUGUGUGACAAACAGGCUCCAGCACUUGUCGGUUUUGACUUGGAACCCAAUCAUGGUUGUCAUUUCAUCAAUGAAGAUGCCCAGGAUGAGAGUCUUUCCCUCAACUCUGGAGAGAACAAUGAUGUUCAUCUCAAUGUCAGUUCAGAUGUAGUGUUUGACCAACAUGAGGCAGACUCUGAAGACUUAACUUCGCCGGAGGAGCUUGUUGUGUUUUUGUUGAACAGACUCUUUCCGGAGGUGUUUGAGGAGGGCAAGCUACCGGAGGGCCACAACAGCAUCGGACAGUUGAUCAUUGACUCAGACAGACUAGAAAUUAUACGAAAAUACAUGGAGGUCAAUUUCCCUGAUAUCUCAGAAGAAACCUGGCUGCAGCUGUGCGUACAACGAAUGGAGGAAGCACUGGAGAAUGCUUCAGUCGAUGGCAGCAGUCGUGACAACCGAGAGAUGUAUGACACCACUCGACUGCCUGAUAACAUCUCCAUUGUUAAGAUCAGUGAUCUGUGUGAUUACGAGAAACCAAAUCGCAGGUCUAAGAAAUCGUGGCUGGAGCCUGUGGAUUUUGACAAACUGGAGAUUCCUCCUCCGGACUUUGAUGUUCCUCGGGAGUAUUUACUUACUAAGGAACAGCUGAAGAAUAACUAUGAAAGCAGUUUAUCAAUUGGGAACUUUGCAUCUCGACUCCUGGUUCUCAUGUUCCCUGAGCUCUUUACUUACGAGAAUGCACGAAAAUACUACAACUGCAGUGGCUCUCUAGGAAAGAAACAGCUGGAUCCCCUACGAAUCAGUCUCAUCCGGCAUUACGUCCAGCUGCUUUAUCCACAAGCUAAGAACGACCGUGUGUGGACCCUUGAGUUUGUCGGCAAACUUGACGAGCGCUGUAGGCGACGGGAUACCGACCAACGGCGUUCAUACCAGCAACAACGGAAGGCCUGUUCACCUGACCAAGAGCCUGACCCAAAAGACUCGCUGCUAACUGCUGGGCAAAUCAAUGUUCUCAGUUCGGAUCGUCUGAAAGAGGACUUUGAAGUCCUGUCUUCACCCCUGGAGAAAAGCAGCAAGGAUUUCUGCAAAAUUCCGCUUGAGGACCUUUCGGUGUCCACCCCAGACUUCCUAGUGCCUUCUGAGUACCUGCUCACAGAUGCAGAAGUGAGGGAAAUUGUCCAACAGAGUCUGUCUGUGGGAAAUUUUGCUGCUCGCCUUCUUGUUCGUCUUUUCCCCGAACUUUUCACGCAGGAAAAUUUACGGCUGCAGUACAACCACUCUGGGGCCUGCAACAAGAAACAGCUGGACCCUGUGCGUCUCCGACUUAUUCGUCAUUACGUGGAGGCUGUCUAUCCAGUUGACAAAAUGGAGGAAGUGUGGCACUAUGAAUGCGUGCCAAGCAUUGACGAGCGCUGCAGGCGCCCCAAUCGCAAGAAAUGUGACAUUCUAAAGAAGGCAAAGAGAUCAAACAACACUGUGACUUAUUCUUAGACAAUGUUCCUGCAAAGUGCAGACCUGCUUUCCUAUAUUUUACACAACAUACUUGUUAUUUGCACAAGUCCAUAAGCUGAAGCAUAUUGAAACUUGUUCUUGUUUAAGGUCUAGUUCGGCUGGUCGAGUUCACAUCCAUGGCCUUAAACAGGAUGGUUUCGUAGGUGACAAAGUUGGUAAUUGAAGCCACUAUCACAUGACGGUGAAAUAUUAGUGUUACUAUUUAUAUGCCAAAAUAUUAUUGAUGUUAUUAUUCUAAUGUCUAAUUAAUAGAUAAGCUAAAGUUAGCCUUAAUCAAUUUAAAUGUAAACAUUUAGUUUUUAAAUACAAUAGGUCACUUUAGUUCCAGGUGAGGGCAGAGAUGAGAUAUAAAUAGAUAUAUUGUUUUAAGUUGUAGCAAUGUUGCAGCACUGG